UGGAAAGGUUGUGAAUUCGUGUGUGACGUGAGGGUAGAUGCUCCAUUAUCGAAACCGCAAUCAAGUACCGAAAGAUUCACCAAAUAGCAAAUCUUUUUCAACACCCUGUUCCCAAAAUUUCCUCUAAUUUCAAAAUCCUUCACUGAAUCAGUUGUUGGAUUCUUAAAAGGGUAUAAGAAGAAGUAUGGUUAAUUCGGAAAAGCCACGUAGGAGAGUUGCAUUUGUCCUAAUUGAUGGACUGGGAGAUGUUUCUAUUCCAAGAUUUGGGUACAAAACUCCUCUUGAAGCUGCAAAAGUGCCAAACUUGGAUGCCAUUGCUUCAGCUGGAGUUAAUGGUCUUAUGGACCCAGUGGAAGUAGGCUUGGGCUGCGGAAGUGACACUGCUCACCUUUCGCUAUUGGGUUAUGAUCCUCGGGUGUAUUACCGUGGCCGAGGCGCGUUUGAAUCAAUGGGUGCUGGAUUGGCCAUGGCACCAGGGGAUAUUGCUUUUAAGUCAAACUUUGCAACCCUGGAUGAGAAAACAGGAGUAGUCACCAGCAGAAGGGCAGAUAGACACUUUGAAGAAGAGGGCCCCAUCUUGUGUGCAGCACUGGAUAAAAUGAAGCUGCCAUCUUUUCCCGAGUAUGAAGUCAGAGUCAGGUAUGCAACGGAGCACAGAUGUGGGGUGGUUGUGAAAGGACCCAAACUAAGUGGAAAUAUAUCAGGAACUGAUCCAUUGAAGGAUAACCGGUUACUUUUAGAAGCACAAGCUCUUGAUGAUACAGAAGAGGCAAAGCAUACCGCCAUCGUUGUCAAUGAAUUAUCCAAGGAAAUUUCUAAAAUCUUGGUGGCUCAUCCCCUGAAUGAGAAACGUGCUGCUGAAGGAAAGAACAUUGCCAACAUUGUACUUUUACGAGGCUGUGGUAUUAGGAUUGAGGUUCCUUCAUUUGAGAAGAACCAUGGACUACGGCCAUGCAUGGUGGCUCCUACGAAAAUCAUAGCUGGGCUUGGCUUAUCCCUUGGUAUAGACAUUCUAGAAGCUCCAGGAGCCACAGGAGAUUAUCGGACCUUAUUGACAUCUAAAGCAACUGCAAUAGCAAAGGCAUUAUCGGCUCCUAUGCAGCCUUGCCCCAAUGUUUUCGUACCAGGAGAAGAUGAACAUAAACCUGGUCUUUCUGAUGGUUAUGAUUUCGGAUUUCUUCACAUAAAGGCAAUAGAUGAUGCAGGUCACGAUAAAGCAAGCGUUUUUAAAGUCAAAGGGUUGGAAGCCGUUGACAAAGCCAUAGGGCAGCUUGCGAGGCUUCUUUGGGAGGCAGAAUCGACAGGCCGGUUCCAGUUUUCCCUUUGUGUCACGGGAGACCACUCAACUCCUGUUGAAUAUGGAGAUCACAGCUUUGAACCUGUUCCAUUUACGUUGUGUCGAUUGAAAGACUAUGUGGGCGCAGUUGGCGGAGAGUCGGUGGUUAAACAAACUUGUCUUGAUGCAUUUCCUCUACCGAUCAUCAAAGCCGGUGAAGACUUAUCAUCAGCUGAUGUGGUGGCAGAAGAAAAGGAAACAAGUCAAGCCUUUUCCGGCGAUUCAGUUUGGAAGUUAAAUGAAAUAGUGGCGGCAAGGGGUUGUCUUGGGCGGUUUCCUGGCGGUCAGAUGAUGGGAAUUAUAAAGAAAUUUCUUGAACUUGAGUUAUGAGUGUGGUCAGUAAUGGAGGUUAACGAAUAACAGUUGUAAGAUGAUUAAAAUGAUGUUGAAAUAAUGCUUAUUUCCUGUUUUCU